UUGAAUUGAUGUUCUUCACUAAACUAAAAACAUUCCCCUAUUUCCUUUUUAUCUACACAUGGAUCUUCAAACAAUUUUCCCUUUCACCCUUUUUUCCAUUUUCCUCCUCUCCAUCAUUGUGACACUAAAACUAAGGAAGAAAAUCACAAGAAUUGACUCAACUCCAGAUAUUCCACCAGGGCCAUGGAAGCUACCAAUCAUAGGAAACAUACAUAAUCUUAUUGGCUCUCUACCACAUAGAAAAUUAAGAGAAUUGUCAAAAAAAUAUGGCCCUUUAAUGCAUCUUCAACUUGGUGAAGUUUUCUUUAUUAUUGUUUCCUCAGCAGAAUAUGCUAAGGAAAUAAUGAAAACACACGAUGUUGUAUUUGCAUCAAGGCCUUAUACACUAACCUCAGAGAUAUUGCUUUAUGAUUCGACAGAUAUAGCUUUUGCACCUUAUGGUGAUUACUGGAGACAACUUAGAAAGAUUUGUACCGUAGAACUUUUAAGUAUAAAGCGUGUUCAAUCUCUUUGGCCAAUCAGAGAACAAGAGAUGAAUCAUCUCAUUCAAAGGAUUGCUUCCGAUGAAGGAAGAGUCAUCAAUCUUUCUCACGAACUUAUAUCAAUGAUGUACACAUUUACUUCUAGGGCUGCAUUUGGCAAAAAAUACAAGGAGCAAGAUGAGUUCAUAUCAUUGGUAAGAGAAGCCAUGCAUAUAGCUGGAGGUUUCUAUAUCGGUGACUUGUUUCCUUCGACAAAAUGGCUUCAAAACCUCACUGGGAUGAGGCCUAGGCUCAAGAAGUUGCAUAAAAAAAUUGACAGAAUACUUGAGAAGAUCAUCAAUGACCAUAAAGAAACUAAAUCUAGAACUGAAGAAGGUUUAGUUGAAGGAGAGGAAGAUUUGAUUGAUGUUCUUUUGAAGUUUGAAGAUGUUAGCAGCAGUGAUCUGGAUUUUUGCUUAACUAAGAGAAAUAUCAAGUCUAUAAUCGUUGAUGUCUUCGUUGCUGGAAGUGACACAGCAUCCUCUAUAAUUAACUGGACAAUGACUGAAAUGUUGAAGGAUCAAAGAGUAUUAAAGAAAGCACAAAAUGAAGUUAGAGUGAUGUUCAAUAAAAAAGGAAAAUUUGAUGAAACAUUCAUUUCUGAGUUAAAAUACAUGAAAGCAAUCAUCAAAGAGGUAUUAAGAUUACACCCUCCUGCUCCUCUUUUAAUUCCAAGGGAAUGUGGCCAAGCUUGUGAGAUUGAUGGUUAUCACAUACCAAUCAAAAGUAGGGUUAUAAUCAAUGCUUGGGCUAUUGGAAUGGAUUCCAAAUAUUGGACUGAUCCAGAGAGGUUUUAUCCUGAAAGAUUUAUUGAUAGUUCUAUUGAUUUUAAAGGAACUAAUUUUGAGUACAUUCCAUUUGGUGCUGGAAGAAGAAUUUGUCCAGGCAUGAACUAUGGUAUGGCAAAUGUUGAAUUGGCCCUUGCUUUGUUAUUGUAUCACUUUGAUUGGAAGCUUCCAAAUGGAAUGAUAAAUGAAGAUUUGGAUAUGACUGAGCUAUUUGGAGCAGCUGUUGUAAAAAAAGAUGAUCUGUACUUGAUUCCAAUCAUAUAUGAAUAGUGCUGAAAAGUUACAUGUUUCCCUACCAUGAAAUUUUUUUAAAUAAACUCUUGAUGGUGACUCAAAGAA